AUGGGUAAUGAGACAUCAACUCUCUCGUCAACCACAACUUCAACUUCAAAAACCACCACCACCACAACUACAUCGACGACGACAACUGCCGAGCCAACGACCACUUUUGAAACAACGACUUGGUUCGACGAUUUGACCGAUGUGAAGUGUGGAUUCUGCAAGAGUCGAUUUUGCACUGCUGUUAGCAAUUUCGCUCAGUUUUCGGAUCAUUUGCUCGACGGAGAUCACGUGAUUGACAUCAAAUUCCCAAAUGGCUGGGGAAUCGACAGUAACUGGUUUCUAGAGCUGUAUCUUUCCGGAAAUCUUGAGCCGCUGGGAGUCAAGGGUGGAAUCAAGAAUGGGUACAUUUUGGACCAAUCGGAAUUGCAAACUGCUCUACGAGUCUGUCUAGCAGACGAGUAUGAGAAUGCAGGAAAGAUUUUUAUGAAACUGAACGGAGGAAUGCCCUGGAUUGAAGAGACUCUUCUGUGCAAUUGUAGAGAAAAGUCGACUACAGAAGGUCUCACUUCUUCGGCAACAACGACAGAAGCCACCACAACAAAAUCGAUCCAAAAUCCUUCGGCUUCGACAACAAACGAUAUGAAGACAACAAUAACGACAAAAAUAAUGGCGACAACAGAAUUUCAAACAAGAACGCAGCCAGAAACAGAAAACACCACAACAGACUCUCCAAGUCAGCAAACGACAACAACGUUUUGGACAAGAUCCGCUCCAAAGAAAAUUCUAACGAAAGAAAUUCAUCCAACCAGCACCGAAUCAUUUUCAACAUCGCCCUCCAAACCGGCGCCAACGACAACGGAGGCCGAAACCACUUCCCAAGAAAGCACAACCUGGACAACCUCAACGCCAUAUUUCCAGCCAACAACGAGUUAUUAUUUUACAACUCGAAAUAUAUUGCGCUGGUACAAAAGGCAUUCAAAAUGGCGGCAUUUCUUGAACUGA